GAAGUAAGCGAUAGAGGCAGACAGAGAGAGUGAGUAAGAGAUAGAGUGAGUCAGUGAGUGAGAGAGGAGUAUCCUGUGCUCUCUGCGCGUUGGCAAGAGUUUGUUGGAGCAGAGGGAAACAGUGCGCUCUGAACCAUUUGGAAAGUUUCCAAAAAGGAUCCUUAAUAAACUCGUCACCUUCAUGUCGGGACUGCUGAAUUUUGCCCCACCGAUGCUAUGGUUACCUUUAUUACGGUCUUACAGGUGAAUCUAGUGAUGUCCAUCCUUCUGUACGUGAUAUUCCUCACGUACCUUUAUUGCGUCUCAAUCACUGCCAUGAACAAGCAGCGGCCCACGCAGGACCCCAUCAACACUCUCAUUGUCAAACUGCUGCAGGCAGACAUAAGCCGUCGACAGCGGCAAGAUGAUGGGAGCCAGGAUACACCUAUGCCCACUUCCCUCAAUGCACCUACAGAUAUGGAAUACCCCCAGCAUGUCAGCUCUGCUUAUCAGCCUAAGAGGUCUAUGGCUGAUGAGCUCUUGAGGCAGCAUAAGCGCUACAACUCCCCACGAGUGUUACUGAGUGAGCGGCCACCACUGCAACCCCCACCCUUAUACCUCAUGAAUGACUUUGAGGGUGCUCGGGACUCUCAGAGCACCAAUAAGACGCGGCAAAAGCGUUAUGCUGAGCACAAGAGCUACCGUGGUGAGUUCUCAGUUUGUGACAGCAUGAGCCAUUGGGUGACCGACAAGACCACAGCAGUGGACAUCCAUGGUUUUGAGGUCUCGGUGCUUACGGAGGUGGACAUAAAGAGGUCAACUAUGAAGCAAUACUUUUACGAGACAACCUGCCAGACCAGCAAGCCAGUUAAGAGUGGCUGCCGUGGUAUAGACGAAAAGCACUGGAACUCGCAGUGCAAAACCUCACAGACGUACGUACGAGCCCUCACCAAAUUCAACAACGUGAUGAACUGGCGCUGGAUACGGAUAAACACCUCAUGCGUUUGCGCACUUUCACGCAAACACCGCAGGACGUAAAAGUUAAGAAAACUCUGUACUGUGCAACUAAUCCACUGUCUUUCUAUUUUACCCUGGGAGGUUGUAAAUAUGAUAUAAAUUAUUAUUUAAGUUAUAUGAAA